AUGACAACGCUGCCUGCGGUGCCCAUCGGCACGAAAUGGCCUUUUCCAGGAGACCGGGAGAAGGAGGAGAUCACUCGUAUCAUGAGCCGGCAAGACGAAGAAAGAGAGCUGCACGAGAGGCGGGCCUUCCUGGACUGGAAGGACAUCCCCCGCUGGUCUCACUUGCGCGACGUGGAUCGGGUCUACCUUGACCCAUACAUCAACGACCGCCCUCUUUGGAUGCCGAGGGUGGACGUAUUCGAAGAGGACUCUGGCCACAUGAGGCUCGAGGUAGAGCUGCCUGGGGUCCCCAAGGAUGAUAUCAACGUGAUCGUCGACCGCAGCGAGGUCACGAUCUGUGCCCUUAAGCCGCACACCCGCAAAGAGGCUCGCGAUGGGCACCUCCUGCGCGAACGGCACUUCGGUCGGUUCUUCCGCCGUCUCCGAUUGCCCUACCUGUACCACCUCCCCACCAUCCGAUACAUUGCGAUCAGGGUUAAGAAUCCGUGGUUGAUCAUGUGA